AUGUCAGACAACGAAAUUGACACUGAAGAAACGCUUCCCGUUUUACCUUCUAAAAAUAAAGGCAAAGGUAAAGCGUUUCCGACAAAACACGACAAAGAGCACUUACCAUGGGUGGAAAAAUACCGACCACAUACUUUAUCGGAUCUUAUAUCACUCGAGUAUAUUACUUCAACGCUCGAUAAAUUCAUCAAAGAAAGACAAUUUCCUCAUUUACUAUUUUACGGUCCUCCUGGUACUGGGAAAACUUCAACAAUAUUAGCUUGCGCCAAAAAAUUAUUUGGUAAAGACUGGAAUGCCAGUGUUAUGGAAUUAAACGCAUCUGAUGAAAGAGGUAUAGAUAUGGUUCGAGAGGAUAUUAAAGGAUUUGCUUCUACACGUAAAUUAUUUAGUACUGGUAGCGAAUUUAAAUUAGUUAUUCUGGAUGAAGCUGAUGGAUUGACGAACAUAGCGCAAAAUGCGUUGAGAAGGAUUGUAGAAGACUAUGCGAAAAAUGUUCGGUUUUGUUUUAUUUGUAACAACGUUCAACGAUUAAAUCCAGCAUUGCAAUCGCGUUGUACAAGAUUCAGAUUUAGACCAUUGAAACAAGAUCAAAUUAGAUCACGUAUUGAAGAAAUUGCAAUGGCUGAAAAUGUGAACAUCACUGAAAAUGGAAUUCAAGCCCUGUUGAAACUGUGUGGAGGUGAUAUGCGAAGAGUGUUAAAUAUUCUUCAGUCAUGUUCUUCACGCGAUGUUAUUGAUGAAACUGUGAUAUACAAUUGCACGGGGUACCCUCAUCCAAAUGAUAUGGAAAGUAUUAUGAAUUCUCUAGCAAAUGAUGAAUUUAGUACAGCAUAUUCAAAGAUUAAGAUAUUUAUGGAAAAUUUAAGUAUGUCUUUGAAUGAUAUUAUAACGGAAGUGGUUAAUUAUUUUAAAAUUUAUGAGUUCCCCCUUUCUGGUGAAGCAUUGGCUUAUUUCUUUAAAAAUCUACGAUCAAUUGAACAUAAUCUUAAUACAGGUGGAAAUAGUACUAUCCAAUUAGCAGCACUCAUAGGAGCUUAUAAAAACGCAUUGAAGAAAGCAGACAAAUAA